GUGUUGACAAUCAGAUUGGAAUUUAAUUUUGUCCUGUGACUCUUCUACAUAGAAGGCAGUGACUCAGCUGACUAUUUUGCGCACAAAAAGCAGAAGUUCGCAGAAAGCAGUUGUGGUUCAGCAGUGUUGAGAAGUGGACGGGUGCGUGUGGUGCAUUGCGGGGUUCCUAUACACGAAGCAUCCUUUCCUACUUUUUUGAAAAUCAUACCUUUGGUGAUAGUUUUAGUGAGAAAGUUAUUCAUGUGUGUAAGGAGCCGCAGCAUUUGCGGAGAAAUUGUUCUAUACGUAAACCUGCUUAAUGUAUGAUGCAUAAAUCUAUUGCGUGUCUUUGGACUCAAAUUAGAACGUUUUUAUAAAAUGAGUGAAGUGUCAGAGACUCUAAAAAAUAAGGUUUAUUUCGCUGCUCGUGAUGGGUGUGCUGUCCUUCUGUGCGCAAUUUUGUCAGAGAAAACGCCAGCAGAAGUACAAGAACUCCUUAAUCAACAGGUGAUAGAGGAAGAUGGACAGAAAUGUACACCUCUUAUUGUAGCAGCAAGACAUGGACAUGACAGGUUAGUCAAGAUGCUGCUUUCCAAAUGCCAACCUGACAUAGAGCAAGAGGGAACUGUGAAGUUUGAUGGCUAUGUUAUAGAAGGUGCCAGUGCAUUGUGGUGUGCCGCAGGAGCCGGCCAUCUAAAUGUUGUCAAAACUUUGGUUAAAUCAGGUGCUAAUGUUAAUCAUCCUACUAGAACAAAUUCAACUCCAUUGCGUGCAGCAUGUUUUGAUGGUCGGCUGGAUAUUGUGAAGUACUUAACAGAGCACAAUGCUGAUAUUCACAUAGCAAAUAAGUAUAAUAAUACUUGCUUAAUGAUUGCUGCCUAUAAAGGUCAUCUGGACGUAGUGAGCUUUUUGUUGGAAAAAGGUGCUAACCCAGAUGAAAAGGCACACUGUGGAGCAACAGCUUUACAUUUUGCCGCUGAGUGUGGACAUGUUGCCAUUGUCAAGGAGCUGCUGGACUAUGGUGCACUUAUAACAAAAAAUGAAAAUGGUAUGAGUCCACUGAUUGCUGCAGCUGAAAGAACAAGAGCAGAUGUUGUAGAAUAUCUCAUUACGAGGCCAGAAGUUUCUCGACAAGAGAAAAUAGAUGCAUUAGAGCUGCUGGGAGCCUCAUUUGCAAAUGAUAAAGAUAAUUACUGUCUUCAACGAGCUUAUUACUACUUACAUCAUACUAUGGAAAUGAGGUACAGUGAUCCAAAUGAUGUUGUGCAGAAGCAGCUCUGCAAACCAGUUCCAGCUUAUGAAAACUGGGUGGAAUGUCAAACACUAGAAGAACUGGAAGCCAUUCAGAAUAACCAAAAUGCUUUACAUAUGGAAUCCUUGGCGAUUCGGGAGAGGAUAUUGGGUACUCAUAAUCCUGAAGUGCCUCAUCCUGUUAUCUUUCGUGGGGCAGUCUUUGCAGAUAACGCUAGGUUUGAUCGCUGCAUUGAAUUGUGGCUCCAUGCUCUUCAUCUUCGUCAAUUAAAUAAAGUGUCAGUUGUCAAAGAUCUACUAAGAUUUGCACAGGUAUUUUCGCAGAUGGUUCAUGUUGGAGUUGAACUGACAUUUCCACACGUCGAAAAUGUGUUAAAUGCAUGUGUUAUUGAACUUGAAAGGAAUAAAGAAAAGAUGAUCAAUCCUGGUCCCAAGGAUGAUGUAGAGCAAGUAAUGGAAGAAUUUGAAAGCAACAUUACAACUGUUUUGUAUAUACUGGUCAUCAUAACAAAAUUAAUGAAAACAUGUACAAAAAAAGAAGAGUUUCGAGUAAACAGUUUAGUUUAUAGACUGAAUAAGUUGAAUGUAGCAACAAGAGAAGGAAAAACUUUACUACAUUUAUGUGUUGAUGCGGAAACACCCGUUGAUGAUUUCCAUACCAAUGAUGUAUGCAAAUUCCCCUGUGCUACAACAGCUAAAUUACUGAUUCAAUGUGGUGCAGAUGUGAACGCAAUGGACAGUAACAGAAAUACUCCAUUACACGUGAUAGUUAGCUAUCAGAAGCCAAUUAGUGACUUCUUGACGCUCCAUGCAAUUAUAAUGGAUUUGACUGAAGCUGGAGCUCAUAUGGACACAGUCAACAAUCAUGGGGAAACACCGUUUCAAGCAGCAACAUCAGGUGUGGCAGAAAUAAUUCUGCGAACCCAAACAAAGUUAAGUUUAAAGUGCAUGGCUGCAAAAGCUGUGAAAUCUUUCAACCUGACCUAUCAAGGACAUGUACCACAGUCUCUGGAAAGUUUCAUUGAAUUGCAUGGGCCUGCAGUUAAACAAGGAUGACAUAAAUGAUGUUCCUAGGACAAAAUGCCUGUCAGGCACCAUUAGUGUGAAUUAAGUGUAAAAUCAUGACUUGCCAAUUAUUUUUUACUUUUUUACAUUUGUAAAAAGUUUCAUAUUAGUGCACAGAAAAGUGACAAGACCUGAACUUUCAUUGUAGCCUAUUUACAAUGGAGUUGUGUGAGUGUAAGGACUUGUUUGAAUGUGAAUUACGGACAUCAUUUUUAAUUUAUUAUAAGUAAUGUUUGUGCUCUGCUGUUUGGAUGUAUGUACAUAGGAUUUGAAGCAGAAAAGGCCAGACAGAUAAACAGUAUGUAAUUUAUUGUAAGAAAUGUUUUUACAUGAAGUUUGAGUUAUUAUUGGUGUUGACGUAACUGUUUCUGUGAUAUUAUCUGAAGAUAAGUAGAUUAAUGGCAGCAUUUUUGAAAUGGAAUUGUCAGUCUUUAAUAGCAGAUUCUCUUGAAGUAUGUUGUUAACAUUCAACAUUGCUUUGCUCUUGCAUGAUAUACUGGAGCAAGUGAAAAAUAAAAAUCACUGUGAUACUAAAGCAAUGUUA